AUGGAAACACCGUCAUCGUCCUCCGGGACUAUCGACCUGGAGCAAGGCGGCUCUGGGAUCUCGAAAAGGAUAACUCUUACGUUUCGAGACCUAAGUGUGCGCGUUAGGGCGGCCGAUGCGGCACUCGGGCAGACUCUAUUGUCUGUGGCCGAUCCAAGGCAGUUGGUUGAUGUCUUUCGGAAGGAUAACACGCCGAAGAGGACGAUUCUCAAAGAGCUGACAGGCCAAGUGCGACCAGGGGAAAUGAUGCUUGUUCUCGGCCGACCAGGAUCAGGAUGUACAUCGUUCCUGCGGGUUCUAUCAAACGACAGAGGCUCCUUUGACAAAGUGGAAGGCGAAACAUGGUAUGGGAACAUGGACUCGGACGCGGCAAAGAAAUACCGACAGCAGAUCAUGUUCAAUACCGAGGAUGAUGUGCAUUUCCCUACUUUGACGGUGAACCGGACGAUGAAGUUUGCGCUGCGGAAUAAGAUACCCCAAGGCCGGCAGGAUGGUAUUGGCAAGAAGGAGUUUGUUCAGCAGCACCGCGACGGCAUCCUGGAUUCCCUGGGUAUCCCGCACACGAAGAAAACAUUGGUGGGAAACGAGUUUGUUCGUGGAGUUUCCGGCGGAGAGAGGAAGCGAGUGUCACUGGCUGAGCUUAUGGCUGGUCAGAGUCCCGUCCAAUUCUGGGACAACCCAACUCGUGGCCUCGAUUCAAAAACGGCCUACGAGUUUGCGAGAAUGCUCCGACGAGAAGCCGACGAGAACAGCAAAACUAUGGUGGCCACCAUGUACCAAGCUGGUAACGACAUAUAUAACCAAUUUGACAAGAUUCUGGUCCUUGCCGAAGGGUUGGUCACUUACUACGGACCGCAGAGUCAAGCUCGGGCAUACUUUGAGGAACUGGGAUUCAUUUGUCCAAAGGGAGCCAACGUUGCAGACUUCUUGACCUCUGUUACUGUGCUUACGGAGCGAACUGUUGCCCCUGGAAUGGAGGAGAAAGUCCCUAAUACGCCUCAGGAGUUUGAAGCCCGUUACCGGGGAAGCUCGAUCUACCAAGAGGCCAUGGACUCCAUUGUUUGCCCCGAGAAAUUGGCAUCUGAAGAAGAAUACCUAGAAGCUGCAGUGCUUCGUGAAAAGAAGAGGCGACAUAUCCCUCGGCCUCAGAGUGUGUAUACAACUGGACUGUGGGACCAGGUUAUUGCCUGCGUCAUUCGACAAUUCCAAAUCAUGGCAGGCGACAAGCUCUCUCUUACCAUAAAAAUGGUAUCGUCGAUACUCCAGGCGCUGGUCUGCGGAAGUCUGUUCUACAACCUCAAGCUAGACAGCUCCUCCAUCUUCCUACGACCUGGUGUACUAUUCUUCCCAAUUCUAUAUUACCUCCUCGAGUCAAUGUCUGAGACUACGAGCUCCUUCAUGGGAAGGCCCAUUUUCUCUCGUCACAAGCGAUUCGGCUUCUAUCGACCAACCGCCUUUUGCAUUGCCAAUGCUGUAACAGAUAUCCCUAUAACUAUCUUGCAAGUUACCUGCUUCUCCCUGAUUCUGUACUUUAUGGCUGGGCUGCAAAUGGAUGCAGGAAAGUUCUUCACGUUCUGGAUCAUUGUCAUCGUGAACACCCUGUGCUGCAUGCAAAUGUUCCGGGCAGUGGGAGCCCUGUGCAAGAAAUUCGGACUGGCUUCUCAGAUAACUGGAUUUCUUUCAACUGUGGGCUUCGUAUAUGGAGGCUACCUGAUCCCCUUCCAGAAGAUGCACCCCUGGUUCCGCUGGAUCUUCUACCUGAACCCAUCAUCAUACGCCUUCGAAGCGCUGAUGGCAUCCGAAUUCACCGGCCUGCAGCUCGACUGCGUAGAACCGAACUACAUCCCAUACGGCCCCAGCUACCCAGACUCAGCCUCACAAUACCGGGGAUGUUCCGUCCCCGGAAGCAACGGCGACAUGAUAUCCGGAGCGGACUAUAUCAGCCAGCAGUACAGCUAUUCUAGCGGGCAUAUCUGGCGGUCAUUCGGCGUGAUUAUCGGAUUCUGGCUAUUCUUUAUUUUCCUGACCGCGCUUGGAUUUGAGCUUCGCAACAGCCAGUCUGGAUCGUCUGUGCUGCUAUACAAACGGGGGAGCACGCCGGGUGAGGCGAAACAGAGACCAGCCCAGACUGAUAAUACUAUGGCUCUGGCUCAAUCUGGCAAGCAGUCGACGUUUACAUGGAGUAACCUUGACUACCACGUUCCGUUCCACGGUCAGAAGAAGCAACUGUUGGAUCAGGUCUUUGGCUAUGUGAAGCCCGGAAACCUGGUGGCUUUGAUGGGAUGCUCGGGUGCAGGAAAGACAACACUUCUCGAUGUGUUGGCCCAACGUAAAGAUAGCGGCGAGGUGUACGGCUCUAUCCUCAUUGACGGACGACCACAGGGUAUCAGUUUCCAGAGGUUGACUGGGUACUGUGAGCAAAUGGAUGUGCAUGAGCGAACUGCAACUGUUCGCGAGGUACUGAUAUUCUCUGCGCUUCUUCGUCAACCGGCCAGUGUGCCUGAAGAGGAGAAGCUUGCUUAUGUCGAUCACAUUAUCGACCUGCUUGAGCUGUACGAUAUCCGUGACGCUCUUAUCGGAGUUCCUGGCGCUGGUCUGAGCAUUGAGCAGCGAAAGAGAGUAACCCUUGGUGUCGAGUUGGUUGCAAAGCCAACCCUGCUCUUUCUGGAUGAGCCGACUUCAGGUCUCGAUGGACAGUCAGCUUAUAACAUCAUUCGCUUCCUGAGAAAGCUGGUGGAUGGUGGACAAGCCGUUUUGUGCACGAUCCACCAACCUUCCGCUGUCCUAUUCGACGCAUUUGACUCCCUUCUUCUAUUAGCUAAAGGCGGGAAGAUGGCGUACUUUGGAGAGACUGGAAACGAAUCCCAGAAAGUGCUGGACUACUUUGCACAAAACGGAGCCCCAUGUCCUCCCGAUACGAAUCCGGCCGAGCACAUCGUCGAAGUUAUCCAAGGCAACGACAGCCAGAAGGUCGACUGGGUUGAUGUGUGGAACCGGUCAAGUGAACGUGAACGAACCAUCGGUGAACUGGAGGAGUUGAACCGCAUCAGCCAGGCGAAUCCCAGCGAAGAGGACAAGGCAAGUUUCGCUACCUCGAGAGGGUACCAGUUUAAGCUUGUCCUUCGCCGUCUCAUGAUCAAGUUGUGGAGAGAGCCGGACUACAUGUGGAACAAGAUCAUCCUGCAUAUCUUCGCAGCGUUAUUCAGCGGUUUCACCUUCUGGAAAAUGGGCAAUGGCACAUUCGACAUGCAGCUGCGACUGUUUGCUAUCUUCAACUUCAUCUUCGUCGCCCCAGGAUGCAUCAACCAAAUGCAGCCUUUCUUCCUGCAGAACCGCGACGUCUUCGAGACUCGAGAGAAGAAGUCCAAGACAUACCACUGGUUCGCCUUCAUCGCCGCACAGGCCGUCUCCGAGAUUCCGUACCUGAUUAUCUGCGCCACGCUGUACUUCGCCUGCUGGUAUUUUACAGCUGGCUUCCCAGUCGAAGCGAGCGUUUCUGGCCACGUCUACCUGCAAAUGAUCUUUUAUGAAUUCCUGUAUACAUCCAUCGGCCAGGCAAUCGCCGCCUACGCACCGAAUGAGUACUUUGCAGCAAUCAUGAACCCCAUUAUCCUCGGCGCAGGCAUGAUUUCCUUCUGCGGUGUCGUGGUGCCCUACGACGCUAUGCAGCCGUUCUGGAGAUACUGGAUGUACUACCUGGACCCAUUCACCUACCUCGUUGGCGGUCUCCUCACCGAGGUCCUGUGGGAUGUUAAAGUCGAGUGUAAUCCGUCUGAAUACCUCCAGUUCAGUGCACCUGCAGGCCAGUCCUGUGGUGACUACAUGUCUGACUUCCUGUCUGCGAACCCUGGGUAUCUCCUUGAUGCGAAUGCGACCGGGACGUGCUCGUUCUGCGAGUACUCGACUGGAGCGGAUUAUGCCAAGACCUUCAACAAGUUGGAGAGAUACUAUGGCUGGAGAGACACUGGUAUUACGGCGCUGUUCUGCAUCACGUCGUACAUGCUCGUGUUUGUGAUGAUGAAGCUGCGAUCGAAGAAGACCAAGGAAGCUCGAUCGGAGUGA